GGGGCCGCGGGCUCGCGUGCCCGCCCGCGCCGGCGGCAGAGCGCGGGGAGCCGGGGAGCGCGCGCAGCGGCGGCGGGAGUGCCGCGCACCGCACGGGAGUUGGUGGGCGCAGCGCGGCGGGUACAGCUGGGAGGAAAAGAUGUUUGGCUUUCACAAACCGAAGAUGUACCGGAGUAUAGAGGGCUGCUGUAUUUGCAGAGCUAAGUCUUCCAGUUCUCGUUUCACUGACAGCAAACGUUAUGAAAAAGAUUUCCAGAACUGUUUUGGGCUCCAUGAGGCUCGCUCAGGAGAUAUUUGCAAUGCCUGUGUUCUUUUGGUGAAAAGAUGGAAAAAAUUACCAGCAGGAUCCAAAAAAAACUGGAAUCACGUGGUAGAUGCCAGGGCUGGACCCAGCCUUAAAACAACAUUGAAACCAAAGAAAAUGAAAACUCUGUCUGGAAGCAGAAUAAAGAGUAAUCAAAUCAGCAAACUGCAAAAGGAAUUCAAGCGGCACAAUUCUGAUGCCCACAGCACGACUUCGAGUGCCUCCCCAGCUCAGUCACCCUGUUACAGUAACCAGUCGGACGAUGGCUCUGACACAGAGCUGAGCGCUGGGGCCAGCAGAACACCUGUGUUCUCCUUCCUAGAUCUCACAUACUGGAAAAGGCAAAAGGUCUGCUGUGGAAUUAUUUACAAGGGGCGUUUUGGAGAAGUCCUCAUAGACACUCAUCUCUUCAAACCUUGUUGUAGCAAUAAAAAGUCUGCCACUGAAAAGCCAGAACAAGAAGGACCCCAAUCUCCAGCAAUCUCCACCCAAGAAGAGUGGUGACUUCCUUGGAUAGCUGCAGAAGAUUAUACAGAUCCUCUUAUUCUCUGGAAAAAUACUAGAAAAGUGACUGUUCACUUUGGACACCUGCUAUGCUGCCAAAAGACUAUUCCCUAGAACUAUUUUGGGUUUUACUGCUACAGUUCCACAAACUCUGAAGCCAGUUUGUAUCCUUUCAGAAAGACUGUACAUAAUAUUUAAGAUGCUAUGGAACAUUUGGCAAAGCUGAAUGCUGCUGCAAGGUUGUCUAAUUUUCCCCCAAGCUCACUUCCCAAGUGAAUAUGAGGAUGGGGUUUGUAUAUUAAAGUAUAUGUAGUUCAUGUUUCUGUAUUGAAAGAAGCAGUGGUUGUAAGGCUUUUGUUUUUUGUUGUUUUUUGGGGUUUUUUUUCCUUCUUUAAAAGUUGGUUGGCAAACUUCCUAAAUUCCCAAGAAAAAUAUUUCAUUCUUAGACAUGUAUGAGUCAAUAAGAUGAACUAAUACAUAGAAAUGUUAUAAGUCACCUCUCUAGUUAUAUAAAUAUAUAUUUUUAAAGGUGUGACGAUUUCACCCUAUACUACUGACAUAACAAAGACAAAUAUCUCAUCCCUCCUAUGUGACACAGACUGGUAAUCUGCAGACAUCUCUACUUCAAGUGGUAGCUAUGUGAGAAGGCUUCCAGCAUAAAAGUGCUCUUGAGAAGGGGUGGGAGAGCUCUCCAUCUUAGCUAAGGAUUGAGAUUUACCUAAUAACUGAACAUAGCAAAAGGGAAGGUUACUUCGUUUUCAGCCAGCAGCAGACACCCUGGGCUUGGUGUAAUAACCUCUCAUGGUUAGAGAUGGACCAAGAAACAUCUUGAUGCCCAAGUCAGGUGUAGAUGACAGCCAAAACUGAGUAACUGCUCUCUGUUGGACAAGUGCAGCUGAAAUGUGACCACAAACAAUAUUCCUCCUGGUUUUGGACCUGACAGAGAACCAAACCCCUUGCUAAGCAAAUCAGGCCCUGGUCCAGGGACAUAAUCUGGUUCCAGCCUGGGGUCUGGAUUCACAAUAACUGUUUUGAAACCUGUCCCCUGCAGUGCUUCUCUGUGUUUGGGUUGUGUUAGGGGUUUUUUUCCCCCCCUUUGUUUGUUUAAGCAACUGCCAGAUCAACGCUUUUGUGAAUACUGAAUCUGAAAAGUUCUGCUAAGAAUGGUGCUGUGCUGAAUCAAGGCAGCAGCUCUGUUUGCAUACGCGAUCAAAAGAUAAUACUUUCUACACAGAUUCCCAGACAAGCUCAUGUGCAAAUCAUUGUGACACUCCUUCAAACUCUGCUUUGCCUGUAGGGUGGAAGCAGCUUCCUGGAAGAUUGUGCUGCGGUUUUAGCUCCCAGUUGCUUCACAUUCCUUUUAUGAAGGUUUAACUUGUGUGAGUUGGGAAUUCUGCUGUUUGUUUGGUUGGGUUUUUUUCCUGGUUUUAGGGGGAGGGAGGAUUUUUAUUUUUUUUCUCUUAUUCUGUUGGGAUAUCCUGCAAUGGAUUGCUACAUGGUGUGAUUCUUGGGAUGUCCUGUGUAGGGCCAGGAAUUGGAGUCGAUCCUGAUGGGUCCCUUCAACUUGGCAUAUUCUAUGAUUCUGAGCUUUCCUUUUUUGUGAGAGUCAUUGGCAUAAUACUGUGGUGGGUAGGGUUUAGGACUGGAUUUCCAUGUAGUCUCGGCUCCUGAAACGGGAACACUUAGCAAAUGAAAAUAUAGAUAGGGAAAGAUGUGCAGGUUUUAAGAGGAGCCUCUACCCUCAAAGCUUUUUUUUUUUUCUUUCUUUUUUCGUCUCCUGUUGGGUCAGCCAACCUCUGGAGAGAAAGAAAAUCAGGGGAAACAGGGCUUUGACUUAUCACAGCCUUACAGCUUAGAGCUUUCCUUGGACUCAUUUUGCUUUUCCUAAACUUUGAGGUUCUUAAGGGAGGACAAAACUGCUUACCUUGCUUUUAUUCUCAACCAAAUAGAAUCUUUCAGGUUGGAAAAGACCUAAGCCCCUUGAGUCCAGCCCUAGAUAUAAUGGAUACUUGAUUGUAUAAAGGCAUAACUAGGUUGGUCAUGUCUAAUAAGGGCUUGAGCAAGAGUCGUCGCUGUGUUUGCAGACACCUAUUUCAUGUGAAUUUGUGUUUUCAGCAUCAGUAAUUCUGUACACCUAAGAAGGCUGCAGUGUUGGUGGUAGGAUGUGCUCUGAUACGGAUCAUCUCUUCUGUAUUUAUUUAUUUAUUGCUAGAUUUCAACCGCCAACUGCUUCCCCUACUCCCUCCCACCUCUUCCAUUCCCAGUAGUAAUGCAAAAUGAGUAGUCAUGCACUUUGUAUUAAUGUAUUAGAAAUCUAUGGAACCUGUUUUGUACUUUUAUACUGUUCAGACACUUGUAAUCCAAACUUUGUUUUUA